AUGGGCGAACUAAUUCGAUCGCUACCUGAGUCGGAGCAGGAGCGGCGCUCCUUGGCCCGGACGCUCCUCAUCGAGCUAUUAGCUUAUCAAUUUGCCUUUCCGGUGCAAUGGAUCGACACACAGAAGGAGUUCUUCACCAGGAAUGAGGCCGUGGAGCGAUACGUGGAGGUUGGACCGGCCAAGGUCCUGUCCACCAUGGGCAAGAAGACCGUCGGCCGCAAUCACCAGCUGCAGGACAAGCUGCGUCUGAUUCGCCGCCAGUUUCUGUCUCACAGCGAUGAUUACGCCCAAAUUUGCUAUGAAUACGAAGAGUCUCAACCCGUGGCCCCUGCUGAGACUCCCGAGGCGGCCCCAGCGCCGGUGGCCCAGGCAUCUGCCCCGGCCGCUCCUGUGGCAGCUGUCCCCGUCCCUGCUGCCCCCGCUGCUGUGGCGGCAGCCGUCGAUGAUGUGCCGCUGUCAGCUCAGGACAUUGUGCUGGCGAUCAGUGCCCAGAAGCUGAAGCAGCCGUUUGACCAGGUACCCCUGCAGAAAUGCAUCCGGGACCUAUCCGGAGGUAAAUCCACCCUACAGAACGAAUUAAUCGGAGACCUCGUGGCCGAGUUUGGCAGCACACCCGAUGGCUGCGAGGAUCUUCCUCUAGAGGCCGUCGGGGCGGCCCUCGACUCCAACUUCACCGGUCGUCCGGGCAAGGUCAUGUCUGCCCUAAUUGCCCGGUUGACCUCAGCUAGAUUCCCUGCGGGCUGGAAUCAAAACAGCGUCCGUAGCCACCUGGAAUCCACCUGGGGUCUUGGCUCCCAGCGCCAGACGGCCGUACUCUGCUACGCCGUCAGCUUGGACCCGUCCACCCGGCUGGAGACCCCCCAGGCAGCCAAGGAAUUCGUCGACAGCGUCGUGGCUCGGUAUGGCCGCCACUGCGGCAUCACCAUCAGCCCGGCGGCCGGUCCAGCCGGUGGCGGCCAGGCCGCGGGCGGUGCCAUGAUCGACUCCAAGGAGUUGGAGCGUCUGCGCACGGAGCAGAACGAUGCCUUCAAGCAGCUUCACCUGGCGCUUGGCAAGCUGGUGGAUGAGGACGGCGGCGAGCUGGUACAGAGGCUGGCGCACAGCGAGGAGCUCUGGCAGGAGGCGGAUCAGAAGCUCGAAGCGUGGCAGGCCGAGUUCGGAGACGGGUUCUUGACGAAAGUCUCGCCCAUCUUCAACGCCCGGAAAGGUCGGGUCUACGAUGCCUGGUGGAACUGGGCUCGCGUGGAUAUUGCCUCGCUGCUGCUGGCGCCUGGCGGAGCCCCGGUCGAGGAGCACAUCUGGCGCGUACUGAACCGAUCGAAUGCCAGCGCUUUCGACCUCGUCAAAUACAACAUUGCAGACCCCCUGCGCAACUCGGACAAGCAGCUGCCGGUUCGUCCUCUGGAGCAGCUCUUCCAUGGCUACCGCGACGCCUUGCAGGGUCACCCCGUUUUCAUCCACCGCGUGCCACCGUUGGGGCCCCGGACCACCGUGAGCCCUAAGGGCGUGAUCGAAUACGAGGAGAUCGCGCGCACCAUUGGUGGCCGGGAGGAUACCUACUACGACCUCCUCAAGCGAGGCAGUCGGUUUGAUGCACCUGUCGCGAACAGCCUGCCCUUUGUCCGGCUCAGCCGUCCAGCCGGCAAUGGCUGGAAAUACCACGACGCGCUCACCACGUCCUACCUGGACAUCGUCAAGGCCGCCACCUCCAACGGGGUCACCUUUGCCGGGAAGACGGUCCUCAUCACCGGUGCUGGACCUCAGUCCAUUGGCGCCGAGGUCACUCGAGGCCUUCUGACGGCUGGCGCCACGGUGAUCGUCACCACUAGCCGGUCCAACAUGGACUUUUACCGGUCUUUGUACCGGGAGUACUGCGGACGCGGUUCCUCUCUGACGGUCUUCCCCUUCAACGCGGCCAGUCGCCAGGACUGCCAGGCCCUCAUCACCCAUCUGUACACCGAGACCCUCGGGACCGGCGACCUCGACUGCGUGAUCCCCUUCGCCGCCAUCUCCGAGAAUGGCCGGCAGAUCGAUGGCCUAGAUGGCCUCUCCGAGGUGGCUCACCGCGCUAUGCUAGUCAACCUGCUGCGGCUGCUGGGCUUCAUCAAGCAGCAAAAGGAGUCCCGCGGCUACAAUGCCAACCCGACCCAGGUCAUCCUGCCCCUAUCGCCCAACCACGGCACCUUUGGCGGAGAUGGCCUGUACUCCGAGUCCAAGAUCGGCCUGGAGACGCUGUUCAACCGGUUCCAGUCAGAGAGCUGGGGCGACUACCUGACCGUCUGCGGGGCCGUGAUCGGCUGGACGCGCGGCACGGGGCUGAUGAGCGCCAACAACAUCGUCGCCGAGGCCAUCGAGGCCGAGGAUGUCAUCACCUUUUCGUCGGCGGAAAUGGCCCUCAACAUCCUGGCAUUGAUGACCCCCGAGAUCGCCGAGGCCUGCGAGGAUGCCCCCGUGUAUGCCGACCUGGGCGGCAAGAUGGAGCAGCUGGCCGACUUGAAGGGCUUGUCCACCUCGGCCCGCAGAUCGGUGCAGCACCAGGCUCGUGCCCGCAAGGCCAUUGCGGCCGAAGACGAGCUGCACCACAGCCUGCUGCACGGCCCGGCACCGACGACCCCUGCCCCAACCGUGCGCAAACCCCGCGCCAACCUGACCGUCGGACAUCCGGAACUGCCCGACUACGAGGCCAUCACGGCCGGCAUUCAGCUGCCCGGCCGGGACCUGAUCGACCUGAGCAAGACCAUCGUGGUGGCGGGAUACUCCGAGCUGGGUCCCUGGGGCAGUGCCCGCACCCGGUGGGACAUGGAGCGUGCUGGGGAUCUCACCCCGGCCGGAUACAUCGAGAUGGCCUGGAUCAUGGGCCUGGUCAAGCACUUCGAGGGCGACAUUCAAGGUGCUGCAUACGUGGGCUGGGUCGACGCCAAGUCCAAUCAGCCGGUGCACGAGGCCGACUUCGCCGAGAAGUACGGCGCCUAUAUCCACGAACAUGCGGGUCUGCGCUUCAUCGAGCCGGAGCUGUAUGAUGGAUAUGAUCCCGCCAAGAAGGAGUUCCUGCAGGAGGUGGUGGUGCAGGAGGAUCUGCCCGUCUUCCAGGCGACGCGUGCCGUGGCCACGGCCUUCAAGACCAAGCACGGCGACAAGGUGUCUAUCUCGCCGGCUUCCGAUGAUGGCGAGGAGUACAACGUGCAGUUCAAGCCUGGGGCGCGUUUCAUGGUGCCCAAGGCUCAGCCCUUCGACCGGUUGGUGUCGGGUCAAUUGCCUACCGGAUGGGAUGCCAAGGCGUAUGGUAUCCCCGCGGACAUUGCCUCUCAGGUGGAUCCCAUCACCCUGUACGUUCUCUGCUGUGUCUGCCAGGCCAUGCUGAGUGCCGGCAUUCAAGACCCGUACGAGCUGUACCGCCAUAUCCACGUCUCGGAGCUGGCCAACUGCAUCGGGACGGGUGCUGGCGGCCUGAUCGCCAUGCGGGGAGUCUACCGGGACCGAUACCUUGAUCGUGAUGUGCAGAGCGAUGUGCUACAGGAAUCCUUCCCCAACGCCAUGGAUGCCUGGGCCAACAUGCUGCUGAUGGGCGCGGCAGGCCCGAUCAAGUCGCCCUCGGGAACAUGCGCCACGGCCAUUGAAUCCCUGGACACGGCCUGUGAGGGCAUCCAGUCCGGCAAGGUCAAGGUGGCCCUGGUGGGCGGUACCGAUGAUCUGCAGGAGGAGAUGUCGUUCGAGUUUGCCAAUAUGAAGGCCACGGCCAACACGGUCGAGGAGCUCGAGCGCGGCCGCACCCCUCGUGAGAUCUCGCGUCCGACAGCCAGCUCCCGGGCGGGUUUCGUCGAGUCCGCUGGAUGUGGUGUUCAGCUGCUCAUGACGGCGCAGCUGGCACUCGAGAUGGGCGUGCCGAUCUACGGUAUCGUGGCAUACUCGCAGAUGGCGGGUGACAAGAUCGGCCGGUCGGUGCCGGCACCAGGCAAGGGCAUCUUGACGGCUGCCCGCGAGGCCACCACGGCGUCGCUGUCGCCUCUGCUGGACGUGCAGUUCCGUCAGAAGCAGUUCGAGCAGAUGCGGGCCCAGAUCCAGCAGGGAGCGGCCCUGCAGCUGGAGAAGGCCCGGCAGGAGGGCCAGCUCUCGCCGCACUUGACCCAGGUCAUUGAGAAAGCGGCGGCAUCGCAGAUCCGUCAGGCGCAGAACCUGUACGGGCUGGAUCUGCGCCAGCAGGACCCGGGCAUCUCGCCCAUCCGGGCUGCCCUGGCCGUGUGGGGUCUCAGCAUCGAUGAUAUCGGCGUGGCGUCGUUCCACGGCACGUCGACCAAGGCCAACGACAAGAACGAGUCGGAGGUGAUUCACACGAUGAUGAGUCACCUCGGUCGCACCAAGGGGAAUCCGGUGCUGGUGGUGUGUCAGAAGUAUCUGACGGGUCAUCCCAAGGGCGCGGCUGGAGCCUGGAUGCUCAACGGAGGGCUGCAGAUCCUGCAGUCGGGGGUGGUGCCGGGCAACCGCAACGCGGACAAUGUCGACCAGGUGCUGCAGAAGUUCGACCACCUGGUUUACCCGGCCGAGGCUAUUCAGACUCGGGGUGUGCGUGCCUUCAUGCUCACGUCGUUCGGUUUCGGACAGAAGGGUGGCCUGGUGGUGGCUGUAUCUCCUCGCUAUCUCUUUGCCGCGGUGGACCAGGCCCCCUACGAGGCAUACCGCGUCAAGGCCCUUCGACGUGCUGAGGCCGCGAACCGCGCCUUCAUUGAAGGUCUCAACCACAACUCCCUGUUCAAGGCCAAGUCGACGUCGGCAUGGGCUGCGGAGGACGAGAUGCGGGUGUUCCUCGACCCGUAUGCCCGGGUGGCCAUGGACGACGGCAGCUACUUCUUCGACGCGAAAUGCCUGCAUCCCGACUCAGAGGACUCCGCGUCAGAGAUCAGCUCGGGGGUGUUGACAGCCGUUGAAACGCCGUCCACACCUACCAGCGAGCCAUUGCUAAAUGCGUGCCAGAAGUGGGUGGAGGGUGCCGUCACCGCGGAUGGAUCGACGUCCGUGGGAGUGGACAUUGAGUCGGUGACGGCGAUCAACAUCGAGAAUGAGAUCUUCCUGGAGCGCAACUACACGGCCGGCGAGCGCGAGUACUGCCAGGCGGCGCCUGACCCGGCGCAUUCGUUUGCUGGUCGAUGGGCCGCGAAGGAGGCCGUGUUCAAGAGUCUGCAGGUGCCCUCCAAGGGGGCUGGGGCCCCGCUGAAUGAGAUUGAAAUCCUCAGCUCGGGGGGGAUUCCGACGGUCUAUCUGCACGGCGAGGUGAAGAAGCUGGCGGAGGAGAAGCAGCUGAGCAAGAUCCAGGUCAGCAUCAGUCACUCGGGCGAGCUGGCCAUGGCGGUGGCUGCUACCACUUUUGGGGCAGUCAUCAGUGAAUGAAGCAGUGGUCGACUGGCAGGGAAUUGGGGUUAGAUUGUACAGCACGA